UAUGUUGCUUUUUUAGGCAUGCAUGUCACAAUUUUUAGGGCAUUGUCUUUUAAAUUGAAGUGCAAAGGAAAAUCCCCUUUGCUAUAGCUAAGUCCACUGUCCACUUAAGGUCGUAGGUGUACGACUAUUUAGGUUCCCACUUUGGCUACUUUUCAUGAGAGGGUCAUGUAUAUAUAAAGCCAAUUUCUCCCUUACAAAUUUCACAACAACAAAGUGAGUGAUUUGUAUUGAUCAGUCUAGCUCAAACAAGAGAAAAAAAAAAAAAACUAAGACAGAGUAUUUAUUUUUCUUAGUUCUCUAAUGGGUUCGAUCGUGAUAUCUGUUCCAGCAGAUGUUGAGCUUGCUCUUCCUAAACAUAUUGGAGAGAAAGAGGAGCCCAAACUUUCUAUGUUUGCCACCAUUGUUUCCAAUCUUAGACAACUUCAGAAAAGGCAGCAGGAUAUGAGAAAGCUGCUUCACAGCGUCAAGGUUGCAACUGCACUGGUUUUGGUCUCACUUCUCUAUCUUCUUGACCCUCUCUAUGAGCAAGUUGGAGAUAAUGCCAUGUGGGCUAUAAUGACGGUCGUCGUCAUCUUUGAGUUCUACGCAGGUGCUACACUUAGUAAGGGUUUAAAUCGUGGAUUGGGAACAAUAUUAGGAGGUGUUAUGGGGUUCUCAGCUGCAACUUUUGCUCAAGAAGUUGGUGGAAUGGGCAAGGGCAACGCCAUAAUUGUUGGUUUUUCUGUGUUUAUCUUCGGCGGAGCUGCAACAUAUUCUAGAUUGGUCCCAAGGAUUAAGAAAAGAUAUGACUAUGGAGCCAUGAUCUUCAUCCUCACCUUCAAUCUGGUGGUUGUGUCUGGUUUACGUGCCGAAAAUGUGUUGGAAUUAGCUCGCGAGCGCCUUUCAACCAUCGGCAUGGGAUUUGCCGUUUGCAUCUUCAUAAGCUUGCUGGUGUUCCCCACAUGGGCCAGUGAUGAGCUUCACCACUCUACAGCUCAUAAGUUCCAAGACCUUGCAGACUCAAUUGAAGGAUUCUUGGAGAGUUAUUUUAGAUUGGACAAAGAAAAUUUGAAGGAUGACCAGCCUAGUUCCAUUUCCAGAAGUUGCAAAUCGGUGUUGCACUCAAAGUCAAAGGAUGAGUCUCUGGCGAAUUUUGCGAAAUGGGAACCAUGGCAUGGAAAAUUUGGUUUCUACUACCCAUGGAAUAAGUACCUACAAGUUGGAGAGCUUCUUAGAGAGCUAGCUACCAUGGUCCUUUCCCUCAAAGGCUCUCUUCAAUCUCCUAGACAGCCCUCGUCGAGCCUGAGGCAGUCAGUGAAAGAGCCAAGUGAAGCUGUGGGGUUGUCACUUGCAUGGAGCCUGAGAGAGCUUGGAGAGAGCCUAAUGAAGAUGAGAAGGUGCCCUCAAGAGAAUGUGAUAUUGCCCAAGUUGAAGUCAAUGAGACUGGAGCUGAGCUCCAUGGUGUCUCCAGUUUCCAACUUUGGACCUCUAGAGAAUGUUGAAGGACUUGCAAUUGCAACCUUUGUGUUCUUGUUGACAGAGAUGCUUGAGAAAGUGGAAGAAUUGGCAAAGGAGGUUGAAGAAAUUGGAGAGCUUGCUGGCUUUCAUUCUAAAUAGCUAUAGCUAUAUAUAUAGACUUAAUUUUCUUAAGUGUGGUGUUUGCCAAUUUUGGGCCUGGAAAAAUUCUACACCUGGGAUCUAAAAAUAUGGGAGACUUGGGAGAAGAUGUAUAAUUACCUAUAAUAUAUAUAUAUUUUAAAGUCUUUAUUUGUAAAUCAUAUCCUUGCAAAAAAUUAGGCUAAUCAGAAACUAUUUAGAGA